GGGCCCGGGCGGCUUCGGCGGGAGCCGGAGGACAAGGUGCAGCUCAGCUCCUCCCUGCAGCACCCCGAGGCCCCCCUGCACCUCGCUGGCUUCCACCUGCCCUCCAAGCACAAGCGCCUGGGAAAAGGGCAGCGCCUGCCCAGCCCUGAGAGGAGCCCGGUCACAGCCGAGAGCCCCGAGUUCAGCUCCUUCCUCUACUGGCGAGCGCCCCUGCCCAGCAUCGAGGAGGACCUGCAGGAGCUGCUGAACGCUCACGCCGUCACCAUCCGUCCAGAGGGGGAUGAGAAGCAGCAGAGACCAGAGAACGGGGACAGUGCUGCAGAAGAGGAAAGCGAAGAGGAGAGUGACGAUGAAGGCUGGAUCACACCCAGCAACAUCAAGGAGGUGCAGCAGGACAUGGGGCACUUUGACACCGCUCCCGCUGGCGUGCAGGUCGGCUGCGUCACCACCGACUUCGCCAUGCAGAACGUGCUGCUGCAGAUGGGGCUGCACGUGCUGGCCGUGAACGGCAGGCUGAUCCGCCAGGCCAGGAGCCACAUCCUCCGCUGCCACGGCUGCUUCAAGACAACUUCCGACAUGAGCAAGGUGUUCUGUCCUCACUGCGGUAACAAGACUCUGAAGAAGGUUGCGGUGAGCGUGAGCGACGACGGGAGCCUCCACCUGCAUUUCUCCCGCAACCCCAAGGUGCUGAACCCGCGCGGGCUCAGGAUUUGA